AUGUGGCCUUCACAGACCGUUUUCACACCAAGUGUUAGCUCAGCGUCGUGGGUAGAUGGCGCCGGUCAGCACAAUCCCACCACUUCUUACCAGGCGAACUCAUCCCAAUCUGCUCAAACCCUUCCUUCUCUCAUCCCAAAUCUGACGACGGCCUUCUCCGAUGGGUCACCAUUCCUUGUGCCUCCUGCAGGUCCUUCUAUAACAGCCAGUCAGCGAGUCCUCCCAUUGCCAGACCGCUACGAAUCAACUUCUGAGAAGCCUCAAGCUACAGCAAUAGAUCACCAGCCACAGCCGCUGCGAAAACGUAAACGAGCAUCACAACGCCGGCAAUAUCCUGCGCGUGACUGGGAGCGCCAUCGCUCGGAGAUCAAGAAGCUCUACAUUGAUCAGGACUUACCCCUUGAGGAUGUAACAAAGAAGAUGUCUUCGCUUCACGGAUUCAAUCCUCCGGUGAAAAAAUUUAAAGAAAAAUUGAAUGAGUGGCGAUUCUUCAAAUAUGUGCCAAAGGAAGUGCUUCAGUGGAUGCUUCACAAAGCUGAGCAAAGGAGUGCCGCAGAUACACAACACCCGCAGGGCAAAAGAACGCUUUUUGAAUACGGGGCUCUCGUACUCACUCAAGACGAUGUUCAAAAGCGGUCUUCUAGGGCAAAUCUCGGGACGGGCGAGAAUGCUGACCUCGGCGCUCCCACACCGCAAAAUGUAAUCUACCAAACUCCGGGCGACAUGGCGCUAUCUCCACCAUCAGCAAGAACCCCUAGGCAAAGUAGGGAUACUGUUCCAAAGUGGACUCCGGCGCCUUCUCCAUGCCAAUCUCAAGAUCAGUUCUUUCCGUCAACGUUUCAAAACUACACGCUCACACAUUUUGAGAGUAUGGAGCGCGAGGCUAAUCGACUUGAGCGUGAGGAAGAUGUGUACGCCGCUGAACAACGGUACCGUGAGGCACUGGCUGGCCUCGAACGUAUCCUCUCAGCUACACACAAGCAAACAACUGCUUUGGCGUACCGACUGGCUACUUUCUAUGCCAACCAUGAUCGUAUGGAUGACGCCGAUCGGGUUCUGCGUUGGGUGACUGAGAAACACGUUCGCCGUUGGGGCACUGUUCAUGAAAACACCAUGAGACAUCUCCUUCAUGUUUCAAAGCUAUAUCGUAUUUGGUCUCGCAGUGAUGAGGCCCUUUCACUUCUGUAUCGGGUCCUCGAUACCUGGGAUGACAAGUGUCAGGCCAACGUGGAUAGAGAAAUGCCGGUGCAGUUUGGUACCACUCGACACAGGGAGCCAUCCAUAGCCGUACUAGGAACAAAUUCAGAGCGUCCUGGAUCACGGCAAGCGCCGCAGACCUUAGCAGAGAUUGUUGACCCACUGCGCUUUGAUGUGCAAAUGAGUCUAUCAAACACGGGGCUCCAAGCGGGAGAUGUCUCGACGGAAGAAAAUCUACUUCAUCUUAUCGGCGAGUGCGAGACUCAUUGGCAGCGUCUCAGCUUGGAGAUAUUGCGAGCUAGGUGUACAUUGAUCAAUCUUUAUCGGAAGCAAAACUCUCUUGAGAAAUGCUCUACAGCACUAAAAGAGGCUUGGACAGCCGUUCACAAGUCAUUUGAACCAGGUAUCGAAAAGACCGAAAGGCUGAUUCGGGCAUGCCUCGAGGUUGGAAAACUACAUUUGGAAUGCAACGAUGAAGAAGUUGCCGAGGACCUGUUUCAGAGCAUCGCGCAAAAUGCGGAGGAUGCAUUUCAAGAGGAUCACGCAGUCAUCAUCCGAAUUUUCAUUCAUAUUGGCAAGCUGUAUCAGAGCCAGAAACACUGGUUCAAAGCCGCACCUUGGUUUGAACGGGCUCUCGCAGCGUCGAUAGCGAUUGGUGAUUCAGAGAGCCCCUUGAUUAAAGUUCUGGAAGAAGCCUUAGAGAAUCAUUGCUAUUCUUCGACAUGCGAACAGGAUAUGACCAUCACCCUAGACGAAUUACGAAGAAUCAAGUUCAUAUUGUAA